AUGUUCAGAGCGGAUCUCAAGUCUGGAGGUGAGCACGGAAACGCCCGUGCCAGAAUUGAAGAUGCCAUGCUCAUGUUUGACAAAGUAACGCAACGCCAUAGAGUCAAGUCGUUGUUGUGGGCUGGUGUGGCUAUUGUGGCUGGUGUGGCUAUUGUGGCUACUGUGGCUGACGUCGUUGUUCUGGCUGUUGUGGUAGAUGUCGUUGGUGUGGCUGUCACGCCAUCGGAUAAAUGGAAAGAAAUAUUUUUAUUAGGUUUUGCUUUCGUGACCUUCGAGAGUGAAUCAAUUGUUGAUAAGGUCUGCGAGAUACAUUUUCACGACAUCAACAACAAGAUGGUUGAAUGCAAAAAAGCGCAGCCCAAAGAAGUCAUGAUGCCCCAAAACAAUAGCAGAAGCUUAAUAUCCCUCGGAUUGUCAUCAUCAUUGUCAUCAGCAUUCAGUCGGGGUUACUCACUCACCAACCUGCCAAGUUACAUAAUUCCUGUUCUUCCGUCCGAAGGCGUCCUCUCCUUGAUGAAUGGCUACCUAUCCUCCUACGCAGCUAACCACUCACCCACUCACAACCAGCAGACGUUCGUCUCCCUCCCGGGUUCGAAUGCACUGGAGGCCGCCUACCACCAUCAUCAUCAUCAUCCUAACAACGGCAACCAUAGUAACAACAACAACGACGUUCUAAAUUUUUUGCCGGGCACCCUUGUUCCCGCUGCUUAUCAGAAUGGUUUCCACUAG